AUGAAAGAAAUUAUUACUGACUCUGAAGCUCCAACUUAUAAUAUUGAUAGUGAUGAUGAAGCACCUUGUGAAUAUUUGAAUGAUAUAUAUGCGAUAAGUGAAGACACGUUUUGCUUUAAAAUUAUUAAAGAAUUAGGAAAUGGCUAUUAUAGUCCUGGAAAUGGACAUAAAAUAAAAAUUAUAUAUUAUGAGUUGGGUAGCGAAGACAAUAUAACAAGUGCAAAUGUGUACUUAGGAAAAAAUGAUAAGUUACCUUAUAUAUGCGAAAUUGCUGCAAGAUGUAUGAAGGAAAAUGAAGUGUGUAUUGUACAAGGUCCCAAGGAUUUUUCUAGGAUUUUUAAAAACUCAGAGGUUAAGACCAAAUACGAUAAAACGCAUAAUUUUAAAGCAGAAUUUAAAAAAGGAUUAAGGUUUAAACAAAAAUGUGUCGACAUAUAUUCAAGAGACCCCUUAAUCAAUAAAUACAAAAAAAUUAAAAUAAACUCUAAUGAUAUUAAUUUGUUAAUGAAAAAAAAAAAAAUAAACAAAGAAAGAAAGAAAACAAAUACGGACGAAAUCAAUAUUAAAUCGAAUAUCAUAAAUAAUAUGAAUGACCUUAAAAAUAAUGGUAAUUUAAAAAUAGGAGAUAGUGAUCAUCUACAAAUUUAUAAUUGUAAUAAUAACAAAAACAAAUUAUCAUGUGAUAACACAACACAUCUAUACUUAACUAGGCAAGAUAUAAACAAUUUAAAAUAUCAAUUUUUUACACAAACAGAAUUAUGUACCUAUGUUAUAUAUUUAAAAGAAUUUAGAAGAGUUGAUAUUUUGAAUGAUGAUAAAACGAUCAUAAAAGAAAUUAUUAAGGAAGGAAAGGGAAUAUGUACUCCAAAAAAAAAUGAUUAUGUCGAUUUUCUUCUAAAUGAAAAUAAUAAACAAGAAUAUAUACACACAAUACUUGAUAUUAAUAAUUUAAAAUAUAGAGGAUUAUUUCAUAUAUUACAACAUAUGAAAAAAAAUGAAAUCUCUAAAGUUAUACUUAAGGGAAACCAAUGUAAUCAUAUAUAUUAUCUAAAUCAUGAUUGUCAGAAAAAUAUUCAAAAUCAUCCAUUUUAUAUAAAUCAACAACAUAAUAACGUAUACGAUAAAAUACACACAAACCAUAAAUCAAUAAAUAUAAAAAAAAAUACAUCUUGUGAAGAACAUCAAAUUAUAAAUCAUCCACAGAAAUCGAAUACAAAUCAUAAAUCAAUCGAUUAUAUCGAUGAUAAUAAAACGUCUCAUGUACAUAAUGAUACAACGAAUGUAUCUCUCAACUUAAUUAAAACAAAUAUUGAAAAAGAACAAAUAAAAGAAUUUUAUAUACAAUUAAUAGACUAUAAAAAAUCAAAAAUUAUUAAUAUAAAUUCAAUUAUUAAUAUAAACACAAGUGAAAAAUUACUCUUAUAUAUAAAUCAAGAAAAAAUACAUAAAACAAAUGAUAUAAAUAAAAAUAUUAAAAAAAAUCAACAAUUUAAUAUACCGACUAUAGACACGGAAUCGGAACUUAUAAUUAAAAUGAGCUUAACAUACUUAGAUAAUACAACAAAACAAAAUAUUUAUUUACCAAUUUGUUAUACUAAGAAUAAUAAAAAUAUAAAAAAGAAUUCCGCAUAUUUUAUUUAUUCAUAUGGUUCUUGUUUUACAUCUCCCUUAUGGUUUUAUCAUUCUUUAAAAGAUUUGAAAGAAGGACAACAAAUUAUUAUACCCAUAGAAAAAAAUAAAAACAUCUUUGAAGAAAAGCAUUUUGUUUAUCAUAUCAUCUAUGAAAAUUUUGAUACAACAAAAAAAUCUGUGCACAAAAAUCAAAAAGAUCAUAAGAAUUUUCAGAUAAACACAACACAUAAGCAAUAUAAUACAAACAGAAAUAAGUUGCACAAUCUAAAUAGUGAUAAUAAAAAUGGAAGAAAUAAAAUAAAAACACACAAUCACACAUACAAUUUUUUACAAGCAUUAAUAUCUAACAGAAAUCAAGGUAAAGGUUUUUAUCUUAUUAAAAAAUUUAAAAAAAAUGAUGUCAACAAUUUUUGCAAUGCCUUCUUUAAAUUACAUGAACGUUAUAUGGACAAAAAUAAAAACCAAAAAAAAAUUAAAAAAAUUAAAAAGAUUAAAAAGAUUAAAAAAAUUAAAGAGAUUGAAAAAAUUAAAAAAAUUAAAAAAAUUAAUAAAUUAAUAAAUUUCCAAACCAAAAUGAACCAUUUUAAUAACCUCUUCCUAAAUUUUAAACGUAAACAUUUUCAUAGAAAAAUUAUAAAAAUAAAAAUGAAAAAUAUAACAUUAACAACAAAAAAUAUUAUAAAUAAUAAAUUAUUACAAAUAUGUAUUACUGAACAAAAUAGAGACAAAAACAUAAAGAAAAAAAUAAAAUGUACAAGUCAUAACAACACAAACAAUCUCUAUAAACAACAAUAUAAAAAAAAAUAUAAUAAUAAUAAUAAUAAUACUUAUCUUUUUGAAAAAUCGUUGAAUAAUGUAUACUUUGAUCGCUUUUUUUAUAACAAAGAUACCAUAUUAAAAAUAAAAGUUGUUAAAAUUAUUUGUAAAAAAAAGGAUCCAUGGAAUAUGAAUAUAUCAGAACAAAUAGAAAAUAUAAAAAUUUAUAAUGAUAUGGGAAAUAAAUUUACUCAAAACAAAUUAUAUUACGCUGCUUCAAUUCAAUAUAAAAAAGCUUUUGAUAUAUGUAGAUUUUCAAAAAUAUAUAAUUUAAUAUUUGAAGAAAAAAAAAAAGUACAAGAUCUACAUAAUAAUGAUUAUCAAAAUGAAAAAGACAAUAAACAAAUAGAACAACAAAAUUAUCAAAAUGAAUUAUUAUCAUAUAUGGAAAAAAUAAUAACUAAUUUAUCUAUUACUUUUUAUAAAAUGAAUAAUUAUAAUGAAUGUAUAACAUAUGCUCAAAAGGCAUGUAUUAUAAACCCACAAAAUGUGAAAGCUAUAUAUUGGAAAAAUAUGUCCUACUUAUCACAAAAUAAAUAUACACAAGUUAUACAAAAUUUAAAUAAUCCUUUUUGCUUAAACAACGAAACAUUAUUAAAAUUGUAUAAUUCCGCUAGGUUGAUAAAAAAAAAACACGAUACAAAUUUUAAUUCUCUAUUUUAUGCUAUGUAUGAUAACAAAAAAAUAUAA